UUGAAAAAAAUGAAUCAUUCCAUAACACCGUUUAGUCUCACUUCAAGUUCAGUGGAACUGCUGACACCUUAUGUCAGCAACAGUGCAGACCAGUCAAAGGAAUUGGAAAUUGAUUACUUGGAUGGCAGUACAAAUAUGAGUGGUGCUACAUCAAAUGACACACCACACUUGGAUCCAGUGUUACUAGAACGUUUUACAAAAAAUCGCAGCAUAGAUGAACCGUGGUAUCAUAUACUAAUUGCUAUGUACAGUGUUCUCAUCGUAUUCGGUGCCGUGGGUAAUGUUUUAGUUGUUGUGGCAGUGGUACGGAAGCCCAUUAUGCGCACAGCUCGUAAUUUAUUUAUACUAAAUUUAGCAAUUUCCGAUUUGCUUUUGUGUUUGGUAACAAUGCCAUUAACUUUGAUGGAAAUCCUAUCAAAAUUUUGGCCAUUUGGUUCGUAUGCUGUCUUGUGUAAGAUGAUUGCCAUGUUGCAGGCUUUAAGCAUAUUUGUUUCGACAAUUUCCAUUACGGCCAUUGCAUUCGACAGAUAUCAGGUAAUUGUUUAUCCAACGCGGGAUAGUCUACAAUUCUUUGGUGCAGUAGCAAUUUUAUUUGGAAUAUGGCUUUUGGCAUUGGUUUUAGCCUCUCCAAUGUUUAUUUAUAAACGACUUGUGCACGCUGACAUUCCAUUAGUACUACAGGAUUUGGGCAUACGUGAUGUAUCAUUCUGUAUUGAAGACUGGCCAUUAAAUCAUGGACGUUUCUAUUAUUCCAUAUUCUCAUUAUGUGUGCAAUAUUUGGUACCAAUAUUGAUUGUAUCUGGUGCAUACUUUGGCAUCUAUAAUAAAUUGAAAAAUCGCAUAACUGUAGUAACAGUCCAUACAUCACAACGAAAAAUGGAGCGAGGGAGACGAAUGAAACGCACUAAUUGUUUAUUGAUUAGUAUAGCGAUUAUAUUUGGUGUAUCCUGGUUACCGUUGAAUUUCUUUAAUUUGUAUGCGGACAUGAAGCGAUCGGUGGUGACACAGACUAUGCUGGUGACGUAUGCUGUAUGCCAUAUGAUCGGUAUGAGUUCGGCUUGCUCGAAUCCUUUGCUGUAUGGAUGGCUGAACGAUAAUUUCCGUAAAGAAUUUCAAGAAUUAUUAUGUGGUUAUAAAGAAACUACUAAUGUUAAUCUUAAUGGUCAUACGACAGGCGGUGGACAGACGCGUCGAAGACGAAAACAUGCUGACAUAUCUAAAGGGGAUUUGAAGUUGCUUAACAGUGGUGGUGGUAUUGGUGGCACUGGCGGUGGUGGAGGUGUUGGUUGUUGUAGUUCAAACAAUAAUACGAAUGGACUGCGUAGCGUUAUUACAGAAUCGGUAGCGUUAACUGAAAAUCCAAUGCCAACAGAAGUAACCACAUUGAUGCCGCGGUAAAUUUUUUAAUGGAAGAGAAGUAAUAUUGUGAAAUACCUGAGCAUAUAUAUUUGUGAAAAUAUUCCCUUAAUAGUU